AUGGGGUUACUCACCGUGGACCAGAACAAGUCUUGGAUGGUGGCUUCCAAGCUACAGAAGCGUUCGCUGCUAAUUGCAGUCAAUUGUCUGGCCGGCAUGUCAAUCUUCUUCUUCGGUUACGACCAAGGACUCAUGGGUGGCGUGAACCAAAGCACAGAUUAUAUCUACCGCAUGGGUCUUGGCCAUCUCGACGAAGAUGGCAGCCCUGUCAUCACCGAAACGCUCCUCCAGGGAGGCAUCAUGGCUAUCUUCUACCUCGGCACACUAGUAGGAUGCCUUGCGGGCGGCGCUUUUGGAGACAAAUACGGACGUAUCGGCACUAUAGGUCUCGGAGCCGCCUGGGCGAUCUUUGGCGCUUCUUUACAAUCUGCUGCCAUGAACAGGUCCUGGAUGCUUGGGUCUCGGUUCGUCAAUGGCAUUGGAACUGGUAUCUUGAACGGAAUCGUUCCAGCUUGGGCAUCAGAACUUGCAGAUCAUACAAGCAGAGGAACCUUUAUCGCAAUGGAGUUCACGCUUAACAUUUUCGGUGUUGUGGUAGCCUAUUGGAUAGCAUAUGGGGUCAGCUUCGUCAAUAAUGGCAACUCCGAGACCCGCUGGCGAUUUCCCAUAGCAUUUCAAAUCCUUCCUCUUUUGUUCCUUCUUUUCGUUUGCUGGGCGUUUCCAGAGUCUCCUCGCUGGCUUGUUAAAGCUGGGCGCAACCAGGAGGCUUUGUAUAUUUUGGAACGUCUCCGUGGCACAGAGGGCGAGGAUUCAGGAGUUGCUGAGGCGGAGUACAACGACAUUCGCAAUGUCAUUGAGCUUGAGAAGAGCUCCGAGGGUACAUCCUAUAUCCACAUGUUAUUUGGCCUUAAGUCUGGCAAGCUACAUACUGGCCGCCGAGUUCAGCUGGUCAUCUGGCUGCAAAUCAUCCAGUGCUGGACCGGCAUUGCAGGGGUAACUAUGUAUGGACCAACUAUCUUCCACAUCGCCGGCUUCGGACCUAGCAAGACGCAGUGGGUUGCUGGACUCAACAACAUCUUCUACAUGUUCUCUACUUUGAUCUGCGUCGUCACGAUCGAUAGAAUUGGUCGACGGCGGACUCUGUACUGGGGCUCAGUCGGACAAGCCAUCUCUAUGGCUCUUGUUGGUGGGCUUUCUCGAGGAGGACUCAAUUCUCGGGCAGAUGGUAAUACUGGUGUUGCCAACCAGUGGGGAGCUGCGGCAGCGUCGAUGGUGUAUCUAUAUACCUUCAUCUUCGGUGCUACCUGGCUUACUGUUCCUUGGCUCUACCCAGCUGAGAUCUUCCCCAUCCAUAUUCGUGCAAAGGGAAACUCUUGGGGCGUUGUCGGAUGGAGCAUUGGGAAUGGCACUCUUACUCUCGUUCUACCAUACAUCGUUAGUGCGAUCAACGAAAAAAUGAUGUAUAUUUUUGCUGCCGUCAACGUCAUCAGCAUUCCGAUUGGUAAGACACCAUAUAAUCCGUCCUUGUUGGCAGAGAAACCUGACCAAGUAAACCAUCAGUAUAUGCUUUGUACCCCGAAUCCAACCAGAGAACUCUUGAGGAGAUGGAUCUGUUGUUUGCGGCUCCUACACCUUGGGCAUGGGAUGCUGAGAGGACAUUCGCAGCCAUGA